GAUUGGAGGGUCCCUGGACAAUGCGGAGUGGCCGGGGCGCCUGCGCUAUGCCUGUGGGUGAUGGCGGACAGAGGGCGGGUGGAUGAAUUCUCCGGGUGGCCGAGGCAGAAAGAAGAAGGGUCCGGCGCGAGUAUCGCCCGACGGCACCAGCGACAGACUCUCUCUCCACAAGCGGAACCUUUACUACUUUGCGUAUCCUCUGGUCGCCGUUUUCAGCUUCCUGCGCUUCCUGGCCUUCCACCUUUGGCUCUUUUUCGCCUACGUCUGCCAGCGCCUGGCCGCGAUGGCAUCGCGCAAGGCAGCCCCGGCCGUCACCACGGCCGAACCCGAGCAGAUCCGCCAGUCCCACAAACUCGCAUUCGACUACAUCUCCACUGCUCUCAAAAUCGACGAGGACGACAAAGGACAGAAGGAGAAAGCUGUGGAAUGGUACAAGAAGGGGAUUGCAGAACUGGAGCAUGGGAUUGCAAUCCAGAUCUCUGGAUCAGGUGAGCAGAUUGAGCGAGCCAGGCGUCUACAGAGCAAAAUGACAACCAACUUGAUUAUGGCCAAGGAUCGUCUGGAAUUGCUGGUUCGAUCUUUCAAGCUCUUGGAAGAAGUAUUGAAAACCAUGCUUCCAGUUCCUGAGUCCUUUGAUAGUAAUCUGUUUGCUCAA